AUGCUUGUCAAUGGCCCUGCUACUGUUGGGGGAUCCAAGCUGGAGCAUUCAGGUUUCAGGAUAUAUGGCAGUGAUGGAGCAAUUGAUAACAUUUGUGCUUGCAAGCUUUAUGGACCU